AUGGAUAUUGAAAUUGAUCAGGGCGAUGAUGAGGAUGACUGGGAAUCUUAUGAUGAAGAAAAUGAUGGUGAACUCUUUCCUGAAGAUCUUGACGAUGAGACUGUGAACGCCUUGGACGAGUUGUCUGGGCGCCCUAGUCGCGGUCGCACUGUUGCACCUUUCAGUGAAGAAGAUGGUGAUGAUAUCAUCUAUUCCACACGUCAGUCCAUUAUGGAGGAUGGGCACCGCGAAUAUUCGAGCGAUGACGAAGGUGAUGAUGAAGAAGAGGAUGAGGAGUCCAUAGAUAUUGACUAUGAGGACGAUGGUGACAAUUACUAUGAAUUUAGUAAUGCAUUUUCCCGUUUGGGUGGGAUACGUAUUGAUGGACAUCGACAUGGACAUGGUCAUGAGGAUGCCAUAGCUAAUCCACUUUUAUCACAACCUAGUGCUACUCCUCGUACAGCGGCUCCUUGGUCUGUUCAUACUAAUCCGCUUAGGAAUGUUUCUCAAAGUGGUCCUCCACAGGGGAUUUUAUCUGCUAUAUUGGGUCAAUUUAUUGGUGCUUUCAGUGGCCAAGAGAGAGGUAUCGAUAUUAGCCAGAUUGAUAUUAAUCACCACGGUGGCGGUAUGGAAGCACUGCUCCCUAUUGAUGCACCUGGUUUCCAUCGCUCAGAUAGACACAGUGGUGACAACUUUUACAACAUUCCACAUGCCGGCCAUGUGAGUACGAGUGGAAGAUGGCUCGAUGCCUCUCGAAUGUUUGAUGUUUUUUCACGCAUAGAAAUCGCUGGUCGUGUGCUUAUUGCUAUUUUCAACCGUAUAGUUCCAUAUGCUCUUGAAGAAAAAAAGAGGUGUGUGGCCAUUGAAAAGGAAAUCAAUGCUAUUCUUGAGCAAAACCGACUGAUAAAGGAUGAAAUUGAACGCAAGAGGAAGGAACAAGAAGAAGAGCAGAAGAGGCGAGAAGAGGAAGAGGCAGCAGCAGCAGCUGCUGUCGCUCAAGAGGCAGCCAGACUUCAAGAAGCAGCGUCAGUGAUAGAGGAUGAGCCUACAAGUAUGGAAGAGGACGACGAACCCCCUGCCCAGGCAUCUGGACCCAGAACUUUCGUGUCAAUUAGUGGUCAAGAUGUUGACAUAACGGGUCUAGGGAUUGAUCCAACAUUUUUAGAAGCUCUACCGGCCGACAUCCGUGAAGAGGUUUUCACACAACACCUGCGUGAGUUGCGAUCUUCGGGAGCGGGUGCUGGUGGAAGUAGCAGGGAAAUUGAGCCCGAGUUUCUGGAAGCUCUUCCUGAGCAUAUUAGAGACGAAUUGAUUAGUGAAGAAGAGGCUAUGGAUCGAAGAAGCAGAUUUGCAGGGGAAAGCUUUGUAAGCGGGGGUGGCGCUAGUGAUAUGGAUAUGGCAAGUUUUUUGGCUACUUUGGACCCGGCACUCCGUCAAACUGUUUUAUUGGAACAGGGUGAGGAUGCUCUGCAAGCGCUUCCUGCUGAAAUUGCACAAGAGGCGCAAGAGCUGCGAAGUAGAAGUAUUGCUAAUUUCUCUCAAGCACCUGGAAGCGGGUCUCGAGGAGGUUUCAGAUCGAGAGCAAUAUUUGGGGACAGAUUAAGGCACAGUCUUGAAGGUGCAUUUGGUGAAAACGAAACAGAUGAGGAAGAGGAUGGAGUUCCUGAUGAGCAUGAACGUCUUCUUGAGAACUCAGAGCGAAGGCUUACUCAAAAGGUUCUGUCAGCUGCCGCGUUGCACUUAAUUGAUCGUUCCGGCAUUGCUGCUCUUAUAAGGUUACUUUAUCUUCCGCAAAGUGUGAACCAGCGCGACCAGCUACAUGAGCUAUUGUUUAAUCUGUGCAGCAAUAAGCAAAGCCGAACCGAUAUUUUGAACAUUAUUAUCCAUGUCCUUCAAGAUGGUUCUGCUGAUUCGCACUCGCUGGAACGAGGUUUUUUGCAAAUAUCAAAUCGCGCAGUCAAUUUUUCUAGUAAAGAGGGCAAAGAUCAACCAGGCAAGUCUUUUACUCCCAAGACACCAAACUUCACUCCUGGAAAGAAUGCAGGCAGCUCUAAUGGCUACCUCUGCUUGAACGAAGAAAUUUCGCCAGUGAUAGUCACUCAACAGGUUUUAGAAGCCCUAGAGUAUUUAGUGCGAUAUAGUGGGAGUGUCAAAUAUUUCUUCCUUUGUGAGCAUGAAUUUCCUGUUGGGUUAAAACGCCAUGGAAAGUCCAAACAAAAGGUCAAAGAAAAAGAACGGGACAAUCGGGAUUUGAAGUUUCCGAUAAAUAUGCUCAUUCACUUUUUAGAUAGACCUGUUGUUUACGAAAACAAUUUGACUUUGGAACUGCUAUCUUCUCUGAUUCAAGAGGUGACCCGCUCACUACCGGUUGUUCUGAAACAGCCUACUAAGGAAAAAGAUAAAGAGCCGGAUUCUGGCGUUUCUGAUAUCGUGGUUGCGGACGCUCCGAAUGUACAGGAGUCCAAACCUGAGGAUGAUUCUGAUAUUCCUAAGCGCAAUCAUAAGAUGAUUGAUGCUCCGUAUAUCCCGGAGAAGAAUUUGAAACGGAUUUCCAGCAUUCUAACAGCCAAGGAAUGUAGCAGCAGGACAUUCCAGCAAACGCUUGCGGUUAUGCACAACCUGUGCGCUAUACCUGGAGUAAAAGAUCUAUUUGGUAGAGAACUGCUUGAGCAGGCAAUCUCAGUAGGCCCAAACCUAAUAUCUGACCUGAAGGAAUUACUUCAUAGGGUUGAAAUGGUCGAAAGAGGUUCAGACCUCCAAGGAGGUGCCUUGGUUAAGUUCUCAUCGGGAAGUUCUGAUCAGACAAAACUUUUACGAGUAUUGACGGCUAUUGACUAUCUAUUCAAUCCUAGCCGGGAUCAGAAGGAUAAGGAUGAUUCAGAUAAGGACUCCUCAAAAGACAACGCAGCGAAAUAUCUGAAAUCUCUUUAUGAGAAGAUGACGUUUGGACCCCUAUGGGGUGCGCUUAGCGAUUGUCUCAGACUGAUUCAAGACAGGCAAGACAUGAUACAUGUCGCCACGGCUCUACUACCUCUUAUCGAGGCUCUCAUGGUUAUUUGUAAGAACAGUAGAGUUAAAGAUGUGGAAUUGAGAGAUCACAACAGAUAUGAGGCUAAGAAGUACGAUAUUGCUACAGAGCCCCUGGAAAGUUUAUUCUUUUCCUUUACAGACGAGCAUCGUAAAAUAUUGAACCAAAUGGUCCGAAAUAAUCCGAAGUUGAUGAGUGGAUCCUUUUCAAUUCUAAUUAAAAACCCUAAGGCAUUGGAGUUCGAUAAUAAGCGCAGAUAUUUCUAUCGUCGAAUUUAUAACAAUAACCAAAAUUCCAGUGGAACUAUAUCAAUUCACGUUCGAAGAGACCAAGUGUUUUUAGACUCUUACAAGGCACUUUACUUCAAAUCGGCCUCAGAAAUCAAGAACUCUAGGUUCAAUAUUAGAUUCCAAGGCGAAGAAGGUGUUGAUGCAGGCGGAGUCACCCGUGAAUGGUACCAGGUCCUAUCGCGACAGAUAUUCAAUCCAGAUUAUGCCUUGUUUUCUCCAGUUGCGUCAGAUAGCACCACAUUUCAUCCUAAUAGAACAUCAUGGGUGAAUCCCGAACAUUUGUCAUUUUUCAAAUUCAUUGGUCGUAUAAUUGGCAAAGCUAUUUUUGACUUCAAGCUUCUCGACUGUCAUUUUAGUCGUGCGGUGUACAAAAAGAUUCUAGGCAAGCCUGUAUCAAUUAAGGACAUGGAAACAUUGGAUCUUGACUAUUACAAAUCUUUAGUUUGGAUGCUGGAAAAUGAUAUCACAGAUAUUAUUACAGAAACAUUUUCAAUUGAGGCUGAAGAUUAUGGUGAGCAAAAGAUUAUCGAUUUGAAACCUGGUGGGCGCGAUAUUCCGGUGACUGAGGAGAACAAACAUGAGUAUGUUCGUCUUGUCGUCGAUUACAGAUUAAUUAAAAGUGUACAAGAACAGCUGGACCAUUUCCUAGAGGGUAAGUUUAAUCAAUCAAAUUCGACAGUAGUAAGAACACUAACAGAUUAUAUAGGUUUCCACGACAUCAUUCCAAAAGAUGUGGUCGCCAUUUUUGAUGAGCAGGAGUUAGAGCUCGUAAUUUCGGGUAUGCCUGACAUUGACAUUGAUGAUUGGAGGAAUAACACUGAAUACCACAAUUAUACACCAUCAUCACCACAAAUUAAAUGGUUCUGGAGAGCAGUUCGUUCAUUUGAUGCAGAAGAGAAGGCUAAACUCCUACAGUUUGCAACAGGCACAUCCAAAGUACCUUUGAAUGGGUUUGAGAAGCUUGAGGGUAUGAACGGAGUUUCCAGAUUCAAUAUCCAUCGUGAUUAUGGUAGUAAGGAUCGAUUACCUUCGUCUCAUACCUGUUUUAAUCAAAUUGAUUUGCCAGAGUAUGAAUCGUACGAAACUUUGCGAGGUGCUUUGAGAACUGCGAUUACUGAAGGAAGAGAAGGGUUUGGAUUUGCAUAG